GCGGCGGCGAGGCCGCGUGCUGGCCCUCGGCCCUGGUGCUGGCGCCCACCGCGGACCUCGCGCACCAGAUCGCGCAGGUGGCGUCGCGGCUCUGUGCCGGGUGUGGGCUGGCCGGGGCCGUCCUGGCCGUCGGGGACGUGGGCGCCGAGGCAGCGCCGAAGGCGCGGGUGGCCGUCGGCACGCCCGACGGGCUGCUCGAGGGCGUCGCCCGCGGGGCCCUCCGCCUGGGCCGCGUGCGGACGGUGGCCAUCGACGAGGCCGACAGCGUGCUGCUCGAGUCCGGGCACAGCUGCUGCCAGGCCGAGGCCGACGACCUCUUGAGGCGACUGGAGGAGCAGCCAGAGCCGCCGCAGGUGCUUCUGACCAUGGCGCACCUGAGGUCGGACCGCGAGGACGCGCUGGUGCGGCGGUUCCCGGCGCUGCAGCAGGUGCGGCACACCGGCGUCCUCGUCCCGACGUUGCGGCAGGUGCACCACUACUACCGCGGGGACCGGGGGGCGAAGCUGCUCUUCGUGCUGAAGGAGGCCCUGGCGGACGAGUUCCUCAGCGGCGGCGGGACGCUGGUCUUCUGCGCCACGCCGCAGGACGUGGAGGACGUGCUCGCCCUGCUGGAGGACAAGCUGCCGUCGUGCUUGCCGAGGGCGCUGCACAGCGGCACGGAGCCCCAGGCCCGCGCGGAGGCCCUCCGCGACUUCCGGGGCGGCCGGGUCCGCCUCCUCGCCACCACGGACGCGGCGGCGCGGGGACCUGCCGAACCUGCGCCACGUGGUCAUGUGGGACGUACCCCCGGACACCACCAGACACCACGGCCUGGGUGCACGUCGCGGGCCGGACGGCGCGGCGCGCCUCCGACAGGAGGGGCUGGUGACCUGCCUGGUGCACGCGGACCAGCAGCGGAAGUACCAGUGGGACUUCCAAACCACCACGCGCUCAAGCCGGCGGAGCAGCUGCGGUUCGAGACGGAGGGUUUUGCGGAGGGCGGCUGA